AUGUAUAAAUCCACUUCCGCAGCAGUCCUUGCGCUGGCCGCAGGUGCCUCGGCCGCCGACUUCUCGGCUUGGGCAUUCGGUAACAUGUUCACUGUUGGCCCCGCGACCGGCAAUGCCUACAUCACCAAGGCUACUUGGUCGGUCCUGCCUCCCGCAGUCCCUUCCGAUGCCACGAUGAAGGACAAGAGCGACCCUCCAUUCCUGUCGCUAUGGAUCGGUGUUUCGGACUCCAUCUCCGAUGAGAACACUGCCCUUGUUCAGCCCCUGCUGAACUGGUCUCCUGACCAGGACUCUCAAGGAUGCCCGGCGGCGGCCGAUGAGUGGUGCGUUGACGCUUCGACUUACUUUGCUUCCGGCCAGGUCGCCCAGCCCUAUGUCCAGGUACCGAAGAACACGAAGAUUGACUUUGAAAUCACCGCGACGUCUGCCAAGAAGACCACUCAGAAGGUUUGGAUCAGCGACAAGCUCGUCAGCCAGCAGGAAGACAAUGCCGGCUGGCUUCCGACCUACCUUUAUUCCAGCAACGAGUGCUACCAGAACACCUGCGGCAGUGUCGGCGGUUACACUUGGUCCAACAUUUCCAUCACUCUCAGCGCUGCUGACAAGUCUUUCGGCAACACCUUGUCCCUCACCGGUGCAUCUGGAAAGCUGACUACCUCCGACAACGGAAAGACAUGGACUGGCUCUGUCAAGAUCAACGCGGAUCAUUUCCCAGCCAACUAA